ACAUAUAUCAGGCUUAAAUUAGAGCAAUAAAUAUUUAUUAAAAAAAUCGCAAAAAUGAAUUUUAAAUAUACUGCGGCGAUAUUAUUAUUUGUCCAGUGGUUUAGCGCAUCUAGUUUUGCUUUUCAUUGUAAUUUAGAGCAAAAACAGAGCUGUGACGAGUGCAUCAAAUGCGGUGGAAUUUGGUGCAAGGAUCCUAACGAGUCGCGUAAAUGUGUGCCGCUAACCGGCGGCGGGGACGACUGGUGUCCAAACGACAUGGAAACCGUCCACGCGGACCUCAGCUCUCGAGACGGCAAGAUCUUCCGACCACAGUACGAGGAGGUGCUGGCUCAUAUCGACUCGGGGAAAGUUACUACGAUUAAAAUGAGCGGGGAUAAUGCGGCGAAGAGUGGCAGAAAUGUUUAUCACAAAAUUUUAAACACGACACAACCCGACAAAUCCAAAGUUCACGUAUUUGUUAACAAAUACCCGACUAAAAUCGAAGUGACCACCAAAAUCAGCCCCGGCUUCUGUUCGCCUACAUCUCAAAAGUUUGAGCAUGUGUUUGUGGAAGUUGGUGUGUCGGGUGUGGGGGAGAAGGCGGUGCUGAAGUAUGUGGUGCCGUGUGGGUGUGGGUGCUCUGAUGAGGUGGAGGCUGCGGCUCUGGCUUGUCAUGGGUUUGGAGGACUGGUCUGUGGGGUGUGCCAGUGCGAUGAGGACAGACAUGGGAAGUUUUGUGAAUGCGGUCCGGUCUCUUCAUCAUGUGCUAACCCUUCGCUUAUUAUACCUCGAUGCUCCGGCAACGGCUACUGUGACGAGUGCAGCAAAUGCCAGUGCUUCACCGACAAACAAGGAUCUCAGUACUUCGACCAACAAGAUAACUGCAAAGACCUAGCCACAACAGUAAAAGACUUCCUAGACUGCCAGAAAAACAAACAGUUUUGCUCGUCCUGUGAUCGGAAUGUAUUAUUUCGUAAAUGGAAUGGAACUGUGCUGAAUGAACUGUACGAUGGUAGUAGGAAAACUUGGGUGGAUUUGGGGUCUCGGCUGCCCGGGUAUUUCGGGUCUGUGGUUGAUUCUGUCAUUCAUGUAAUGCGAAAACCAGAGUGCUAGAAAUAGGAAAGGCACCUAAAGUUCAUUGAUCCACCAACGCAGAUCGAUGUAAAUGGAUCACUUGUUACAUACAUGUUAUUAUACUUUUAUUGGGUUAAGAGAUUAGGGGUAAUGCUGAAAGUGCAACCAUCAUAGGCCCGCAGACAGCGCAGGCUAAUAUGGCCUGCAUAUACGUCUACAUCAUACACCUACAUCUAAAAAAAUGUGUAAUAAAUACAUUACACAAGAGUAGACAAAUGAAAUCAUCACCAUUAAUAAGAAUGUGCAAGCGUUGGUGAAUCAAUCGGAAGUAGCGUUAUCAUGCCUGUGACAAAUAAAUAUUUAAUUUUUAAUUUCUGAUAAUUUAUUAACAUACGCCAAUGUUUAAGGCUUGUCUAACUAGAAGAGAGCCUAUAUUUACUAAUUUUUUUGGCGACGGUUAUCGGGAUACCUUUGACCGUAUUUUUGUAUUUUUUUCUGAACCGUGAUGACUACUUCUAUUGAGUUCCGGGCAGUCUUGAACUCACUACCUGUGGCGUUUUUUGCCGAUUUGAGAAUUUUUAAGGAUUAUAUAGUGUUAUGAAAUUGGCACUUACUUUACCAUUUGCCAAAAAAUGGAAACAAUCUUUGACAGCAAAGUAAACUGAAUAAUUUAACGUGGGCGAGUUAUCAUUGUAGACCACGAAGGAACGUGGGAAUACAGAACUGUUGACGAAUCAGAACAGUGGACAAUAAUGACAAAUUUAAUUUGUCUAAGCUAAUAUCGGAUAUUUGGCUAGUUUUUAAUAAACGUCGACAUACCUCAUAA